CUGGGCCAAAGUUCGGGGCCGCGGGUUCGAGUCCCGGCCAUGGCGCGAGCCGUGCUCUUCGACCUUGGCGGGGUUCUGCUCAAACCGGGCCUGCAGCACUUCCUGAGCACCUGCGAGCGCGACUGGGCCCUGCCCAGGGGGUUCCUGGAGGCCGCUCUGGAUUCCGGCGGAUCCCAGAGCCCGAAUUCCCGAGCGCUGCGGGGCCGGAUCGGCCUCAGCCAGCUGCUGUCGGAGCUGGAGGAGCGCUGCCGCGCCCGCGGCCGCUCCCUGGGCGUGGCCGUUCCCGAGGGAUUCGCGGUGUCCCGGCCGUUCCGGGAGCUGCGGCACCGCGGCCGCCUGGAGCAGCGGCUGCUGAGCGCCGCCAGCGAGCUCCGCAGACACGGAUUCAAGACCUGUGUCCUCACCAACACCUGGGUGGACGACACCUCCUGGCGGUCCCUGACGGCCGCGCUCCAGGAGCAGCUCCGGCGCCACUUCGACCUGGUGCUGGAAUCCUGCCGGAUCGGGAUGGCCAAGCCGGAGCCCGGCGUCUUCUCCUACGCCCUGGAGGCGCUGCAGGCGCGGCCGCAGGAGGUGAUUUUCCUGGAUGAGCUGGAGGAGAACCUGGCGCCGGCGCGGGAGCUGGGCAUGGCCACCAUCCUGGUGCGGGACACGGAAUCCGCCCUCCGCGACCUGCAGGAGCUCUGCGGGAUCCAGCUGCUGGGCCGGGAGGAGGCGCUGCCGAGGCCGAUCGCGCCGGAGGAAGUCGCGCACGGAUACGUCGACAUCCGCCCGGGCGUGCGGCUGCACUUUGCGGAGCUGGGCCGGGGCCCGGCGCUCUGCCUGUGCCACGGAUUCCCGGAGUCCUGGCUCUCCUGGCGCUUCCAGAUCCCGGCGCUGGCCCAGGCGGGAUUCCGGGUGAUCGCCCUGGAGAUGAAGGGAUACGGGGAAUCCACCGCGCCCGACGACAUCUCGGAAUAUUCCCAGGAGCAGAUCUGUAAGGAUUUCAUCACUUUCCUGGAUAAACUGGGAAUCCCGCAGGUUGUCCUGGUUGGCCACGACUGGGGCGGGGCCAUGGCCUGGAACGUGGCUCUGUUCUACCCCGAGCGGCUCCGGGCCGUGGCCGUUCUGAACACGCCCUUCCGGCCGCCCAAGCCCGAUUCCGACGUCCUGGAGCGCCUGGCGCAGAUCCCGGAAUUCGAGUACCAGCUCUACUUCCAGGAGCCGGGCGUGGCGGAGGCGGAGCUGGAGAAGGACAUCGGGAGGACCCUGAAGAUCCUGAUCCGAUCCUCCAGCCCCGAGGACCGGCUCCCCUUCAACCUCAACUUCCACCGCGUCCGCGAGAGAGGGGGUCUCCUGGUGGGAUUCCCGGAGGAUCCCCCCGUGAGCCGCCUGCUGCCCCCGGCCGCGCUGGAAUAUUACAUCCGGCAGUUCCGGAAAUCCGGCUUCAGGGGUGCCCUGAACUGGUACCGGAACAUGCGGGAGAACUGGAGCUGGGCCCUGAGCGCCAGGGGCAGGACGGGAUCCCCCAAAUCCCCCCUGGCUCCCGGGGAUCCCCAAUUUCCGUUCCCGGGGCAGAUCCCGAUCCCAGCGCUGAUGGUGACGGCCGGGAAGGAUCCGGUGCUGAAACCCGGCCUCAGCAAAGGCAUGGAGACGUGGAUCCCGAGGCUGCAGCGGGGGCACAUCCAGGACUGCGGCCACUGGACACAGCUGGAGAGGCCGCUGGAGGUGAACGGGAUCCUCCUGGAGUGGCUCCAGAAUCUGCCCCCGGAGCCGCCGCUGCCCGCCAAUUCCAAACUUUGAGCCCAACGUUUUCCCGCCAAUUUUUUUUCCCGCCAAUUUUUUUUCCCGCCAAUUCCUUCCCGCCAAUUCCAGGCUUGGAGCGGAAAUUCCAAACUUUCAGCCCAAAGCUUUUCCUACCAAUUUUUUCCCCCUGGAAUUUUUUCUCUGGGAAUUCCAAACUUUGAGCCCAAAACUUUUCCCGCCAAUUUUUUUCCCGCCAAUCCCAGCCUUGGAGUGGGAAUUCCAAACUUUGAGCCCAAAACUUUUCCCGCCAAUUUUUUCCCGAGAAUUUUUGCCCUGGGAAUUCCAGGCUUUGAGCUGGGAAAUUUUUCCCGCCCAUUUUUUCCCGCCAAUUUUUUUCCCGCCAAUUUCUUUCCCUCCAAUUUUUUUCCCGCCUGUUCCAGGCUUGGAAUGGGAAAUUUUUCCCGGGAAUUCCAAUCUUGGAGUGAAUUUUUUUCCAUGGAAUAUUUUCCCGCCAAUCCCAGCCUUUGAGCAGGAUUUUUUUCCUGGGAAUUCCAGGAUUUGAGCUGGGAAAUUUUUCCCGCCAAUUUUUUUUCUGCCAAUUUUUUUCCCUCCAAUUUUUUUCCCGACAAUUCCAGGCCUGGAGUGGGAAAUUUUUCCCAGGAAUUCCAAUCUUGGAGUGAUUUUUUUGCCCGGAAUUUUUUCCCGCCAAUCCCAGCCUUUGAGCAGGAUUUUUUUUUUCUGGGAAUCCAGGCUUGGAGUGGGAAUCUUUUCCCGCCAAUUUUUUCCCGCCAAUUCCAGGCUCGGAGCAGGAAUUUUUCCCGCUUGGAUUUGGGUUCUCCCUUUGGAAUUCGAUUUCCCGCCUUGGAGCCUCGGGGAUGGAAUUUUUAGGGAUGGAAAUCCGGGAUGAGCCUGGCGGGAAAAAUUUCCUGGGAGAAUUCCGGGAUUUUUCGGUUUUGGCGGGAAUUUUUUGGGGUGGUUUUGGCAGGAAAUCCUGCUCCGGAUCCCAGGGGUUUUCCUGGAGAAUCCCGACAUUUAUUUGUUAACUAAUAAUUACUACUAAUCAUUAAUUAAUUAAAAUGAUUUAAUGAUUAAUCAUCACUAAUUUUUAAUCAAUAAUUAAUACUCAGUAAUUAAUCAUUAAUUUUCUUGUUUAAUCAGCUGCUCGUGUCAAACGUGGAAAAAUAAAAUUCCGGAUUUUCCGAACAA